AUGGUGUCUUCCGUGAAUGUCUUAGUAGUAGGAUUAAUUUUGCAAAUAGCUUUUGUGUUUCCAAUUGCUGAAAUUGAGCCAGAUGAUGAAGUACUGCACCUAAUCGGGGAACCAGAUUUCCGCGAUGUGCGACUGCGGUGGGAGUACGGAAAAAACGACGAUGAAAAUCCGAAAUUGUUACUCGCAUUUCAAAUCCACUACUGCGAGUUGCAAGCUUGGGGACAGUACAGAUGUAGGACAAAAGUCGUUGACAAUUUCGAAGAGGAUCAAAGGUCUGGUAGAAUGAUGGUUGAAACUACAACAAAUAAAGUACCAGUAGGAAAACGUGGUCGUACAUAUACCACGUAUAUAUCUGGUCUUCGCAUGGCUACUACAUACUCUUUCGAAGUUCGGCCCGUAAAGAGGGAUGCUAGGGAUCUAGCAGAUCCUCAUUCUAUUGGCUCCAAAAUCAUCAUUGUGCCCACUAAAGGAUUUUCUGCACGUGCAACACAAUGUUUGCCUCACGCAAGUGAAGUCGAGGUAUCAACAGGGCCAUAUUUUGGAGGCCGUAUAGCCGUGGAGGCAGCUGAUGGAGGCCCAGAGAGAUGUUCCCUUCAAGGAAACCCAAAUAGUGCUCAAGACGCCUACAUACUACGCAUACAUCACGACGAAUGCGGUUCUGAGGUCAACGAUACAACGGUAGCCACUUAUGUGAUCGUUCAAGAAAAUCUACCGAUUCUAACUCACAGCACUCGGCGGUUUCUAGUUCUAUGUACUUACAAGCCAGAAACGUUGACAGUACGUGCUGGUAUUAAUUUACCCAAAAGUAACCCUGGGGACGUUCUGGUGCAGGCCAAGCCCCAUGGUGUAGUUGAACCAUAUGAUGAGAACGAACUCAAUGACAAUGGUUUAAAACCAGCGCGACUUGAAGCUAGGAAAGAAGAAACUCACCAAAGUAUGUUCGGCGAGAUUACACUCGUAAUGUUCUUGGUGGUAGCUGCUUUUGGAGGGAUAGCACUUUUGAUUUGGAAGAUGGUGCCGCAAUCUGACAAAAACAACGACAAUGCUUCCACGAUUUCUUCUCUUUCACGAAGCGGCAUCUUCAGCAGGCGAAAUAUCGAUAGAUUUUCUGAUCGAAGUUCUGUUUAUUCUAUAACCCUUUCCGAAAAGGACGAAGUUAAAAAGCCUAAUGAACGUGACGAUACUUCUGAGGCG